AACGCCGCUUAUUCUUUCACGCACCUCAAUCCCACCUCAAUCCACCUUCUAUCGUACCAAUUCGUCUCGCCAUGUUUGCCAGACAUGUAUUUCGUCCGGCCAGGACGCUACAGCAGCAAGUCCGCCGUUAUGCUUCUGAGGCACCCAAGAGUGGCGGUAACAAUGGUAUCCUUUACACAGGCAUUGGCGCUGCUGGUCUCGCUGGUGCCUACCUGUACAUGAGGGGCGGCGACUCGCCAUCAGGGCAGAAGGGUAGUGCGCCACCAUCAGAGGAGGCCAAGAAGAUUCCUUCAUCCAGCGGGGACGCGAAGAAGGCCUUUACUGGAGGCGACCAGGGCUUCGUGUCGCUCAUGCUGGAGAAAUCCGAGGUUGUCAACCACAACACCAAGAAGCUCCGCUUCAAGCUACCCGAGGAGGACAUGGAGAGCGGCCUGCCUGUUACUUCUGCCGUUAUCACCAAGUACAAGGGCCCUGAGAUGCAGAAGCCCGUCAUCCGACCCUACACACCCAUCAGCGACGUAGACCAGAAGGGUAGUGUCGACUUCAUAAUCAAGGCCUACCCCGGUGGUCCCAUGUCUGAGCAUAUGCACGCUAUGGAGCCUGGCCAGCGGCUGGACAUUAAGGGACCAAUUCCCAAGUUCCAGUGGAAAGAAAAUCUACAUGAGCACAUUGCUUUAAUCGCUGGUGGCACCGGUAUCACACCCAUGUGGCAGACCGCACGACACAUCUUUCGCAACCCCCAGGACAAGACAAAGGUCACCCUCAUCUACGGCAACGUCUCUGAGGAGGACAUUCUGCUGAAGCGCGAAUGGGAAGAGCUGGAGAACACAUACCCUCAGCGAUUCCGCGCCUUUUACGUCCUGGACAACCCACCAGAGUCAUGGCAGGGCGGAAGGGGCCACGUCACCAAGGAGCUACUGAAGACUGUGCUACCGGAACCAAAGGAGGGCGAGAAGAUCAAGAUCUUCGUGUGCGGACCACCGGGCAUGUACAAGGCCAUCAGCGGUGGCAAGAAGAGCCCGAGUGACCAGGGCGAACUUGACGGUAUGCUCAAGGAGCUUGGUUACAGCAAGGACCAAGUCUACAAGUUCUAGAUGUGUGUAGAGAUAGAUGUACGAUACACAGAGUAAACUUAGGAGGGCGUAGCAAUAUACCAUGUCCUCAAAAGAAACAAAAUCUACCUGCACAUCCGAGCUAGUAC